CACUUCAGCCCGGCCCUUCGUCUCCGCGCAGCCCAGCCUCCUCCAGGAAGGCAGCUCCAGACGCAGCAGCAGCAGCCAGACGCACAGCUCCGCCGCCGCCGCCGCCGCCUUCGAACCGGGACGUUCUUCUUCUUCUUGCCGCUGACCCCCGACCACCGCCGCCGCCGCCAUGGAUGCCAUCAAGAAGAAGAUGCAGAUGCUCAAACUGGACAAGGAGAACGCCUUGGACCGGGCCGAGCAAGCCGAAGCCGACAAGAAGGCGGCCGAGGACAGGAGCAAGCAGUUGGAGGAGGACAUUCUGCAGUUGGAAAAGCAACUGCGGGCCUCUGAGGAUGAGAGGGACCGGGUUCUGGAAGAGCAGCACAAAGCGGAAGAGAGCCUGCUGGCUGCGGAUGAGAAGGCCACCAAGCUGGAGGAUGAGCUGGUGUCUCUGCAAAAGAAGCUGAAGAGCACUGAAGAUGAACUGGACAAAUAUUCUGAGUCCCUGAAAGAUGCCCAGGAAAAGUUGGAGGUGGCAGAGAAAAAGGCUGCAGAUGCUGAGAGCGAUGUGGCUUCUCUGAACAGGCGUAUCCAACUGGUAGAGGAAGAGUUGGAUCGUGCCCAGGAGCGCCUGGCAACAGCCUUGCAGAAACUGGAGGAGGCUGAGAAGGCGGCAGAUGAGAGCGAAAGAGGAAUGAAGGUCAUUGAGAGCAGAGCCCUGAAGGAUGAGGAGAAGAUGGAGAUCCAGGAGAUCCAACUCAAGGAGGCCAAACACAUUGCUGAGGACGCUGACCGCAAGUAUGAAGAGGUGGCUCGUAAGCUGGUGAUCAUUGAGAGCGACCUGGAGCGUGCGGAGGAGCGGGCUGAACUGUCAGAAAGCAAAUGUGCUGAACUUGAAGAGGAGUUGAAAACUGUGACCAACAACCUGAGGUCGCUGGAAGCUCAGGCAGAAAAGUACUCGCAGAAGGAGGACAAGUAUGAAGAGGAGAUCAAGGUCCUUACUGACAAACUGAAAGAGGCUGAGACCCGAGCUGAGUUUGCAGAGAGGUCGGUAACUAAGCUGGAGAAGAGCAUUGAUGACUUAGAAGAGAAAGUGGCACAUGCCAAAGAAGAGAACCUCAAUAUGCAUCAAAUGCUGGAUCAAACUUUACUGGAGCUAAACAACAUGUGAAAACCACCAUAGCUGCGGCCGCACCACUGUCAGCUUUGUUUUGAUUUAUUUUUUCACCUGCUUGCCAUGAAACCCUGAAAUGUGUCUUUAUUUUAUUACUGUCCCCCCAUGUUGCUAUACUCACAGGUCCACUUGCUAAACCCCAGGCAUGGAGUCAGGGAAAACAACAUAUAUACAUAUGUAUAUGUAUAUGUAUAUGUAUAUGUAUAUGUAUAUGUAUAUGUAUAUGUAUAUGUAUGGGGUUAGGCUCCAUGUGGCUGUGAAUCAGCUGUGCCAUAUUCCUGGCCCUAAUGUUGCCUCUGUUUUGUAGAAUUCAGUGCUGCAAAUUGUGUGCAGCCUUUGCGGGGGGGAGGGGGCAGGUGAUGGCAGAAAUGUUCUCUUCCACCUGUCCAGCCAACUUAGAUAUUAAACAAAGAUUGAUGUUAGAAACUCAGGAGAGGAACAAGGAGGGGUGUGUGUGUUUGACAUUCCUUGAAACUAAAGGUACUUGUGUGGUCCUUUGAAUGGUAUUUCUUUAAUCUCAGCGGUUUGUCCAGCUCAGUAAUUUGAUUUCUUUGGAGAUGCCUCAAGCUGCAAAGGUCUGGCCUUUGCAUUUGAGAACAAAACAGGCCUGUAGGCCCCAUUUUAAGCUAUUUAAUGCCUGAGUUGAAAACAUGCAAUUUACAGCUCACUACAAAUGGUUAGGCAGCAUUUUGGUCUGCAAAAAGUCAUUCCAUGGCAGCGUCUUAAGAUCCGCUGCACUGGGGAACAAACCAAACAUUUUUCAUCAAUGGAUUCCAGUUGUUAACUCUGUUUUUGUCUGAAACUCAAGGGAAUCAAAUACAUUUGGUAUUUGCCACAUGUUUGUUUGACACACUUUUUUUUAGCAGUUUUAAAAAAAACGUAUCUGUAUGUAAACAUUGUAUAAUUGAUAAUAGAAUAAAAGAACAAGCACUCUAGGACAUUUUGUAAAAACA